CACAUUUAACUCCGCCAUCUUUAAAUGGGCUGCUUGUGUAUUGACGGAGUUUCUCUUACCACAACUUCAGUCGGAAGUCUUCAAGAUAACAAAGGGUGUCGUCGAGCAGCCCCCAAAGCAGACAUGGACGAGUCUCCCGCCGAGGACCGCCGACUGGACUUCAUUGAAGACUACGUGCUGAGGACUCUUCAAGUUAAACACGACCGCUGGCAGAAGUGCGUGUCCUGCGAGGAGAACUUGCGUGUCCUGCAGGACUUCCUGGACGCAACGGGACAGGGGAGCUUAGUGGUUUCUGUGACCGCUGCUGGACUUCUGCAGCCCGCCGCUGGAUUCACUUUCCAGUCCGGAAUUAAAGCGGUCUACUUUCUAAAGACGAGGAACACACAGCUUAGUCCGGACCGGAUGAAUGACUUCCUGGUCUGUGGGGACUUGUCCUACGCGCCGUUGGACCACUUGUCUGUCCUGGUUGACGAGGUUGUGGCCCCAUUGCUUUCCAACAGCAGCAACCACACUGAAUGGCCUCAGGUAGUGUCCCAAGAAGUCAGACACCUCAUACACUCCCUCAAGAGCAAUGUGUUUGUGGUGUCGGGCCAAGUGCAAGGCAAGACACUCCUGUCACUUCCUGUUGGUUUUGAGGGAAGGGGAAAAGCCGCCUUGGAGACAGACAAGAGGGGGGAAAUAGUAGAUAAAAGCAUCAUCCACUCCUUGGAGUCAGCAGUGAUUGAGUGGAGCCAUCAGAUCCGUGCAGUGGUGAAACAAGACUCGGCAAAGCUUUUGGUUGAAGGCAAAAACCCAACACCGAACACAGAACUGCUCCUUUGGAAGAACAGAUGUGCUGAUUUGGAGUGCAUUUACUCCCAGUUAACAUCACACAAAGGGAACAAAAUGAAGAUUUUUCUGGAUGCUGUGGAGAGCAGCUAUUCCCUAGCUUUUCAAAACAUCCUGCGGGAUGUCCUUGCAGCGUUGGAGGAAGCAAAGGACAUCUGCACCUACUUGACACCACUGCAGCACCUGAUUGAGGACAUGGAGAAUAGAGAAUUUUCUGAUGUCAAGGGUCAAAUAGGCCCAAUGAUGCACACCGUGUGCCUUGUGUGGGCAAACUCUAGAUACUACAACACCCCAGCACGACUCAUUGUUCUACUGCAAGAGAUCUGCAAUGUUUUCAUCCAACAGGCUCGGGGUUAUUUGGUGCCUGAGGAACUUUUCAAAGGAGAGGUUUCUGAGAGUCUCUUGAAAGUUCAGACCAGCCUAAACAUCUUGGAGCUAUUCGAGAGCACCUACAAUGAUCGAAGAGCCAAUCUGGACCAAUACCAGAGGAACGGAAGCAUGGUAAAACCCUGGGAUUUUUCCCCUGCUUUGGUUUUCUCUGGACUUGAUCACUUCAUCCAUAGAGUCAAGGCUGCAGAAGACAUUCUUUUGACGGCCGCAAACUUGUUCAAGCUUGAGAAAUUGGAAAUUGGAGGUGUUCAAGGUCGAGCACUCAGCCAGCAGGUCCAGCUACUCUACCAGGAUUUUAUAGAGCGUUUCAAGAUCUUUACAGAGAAGCCCUAUGAUUUAGACUUCCUAGACCUCAACAAUAAGGAGUUUGAGGAAGAUGUGAGAGACUUCAAACUAAUGGUGGAUGACACAGACCGACGACUAGGAGCCAUCUUCUGUCACACCUUUGACGAUGCUUCUGGAUUGGAGCAUGCCUUUAAGGUUCUGGAUAUGUUUGGUGGCUUGCUGGAGCGCCCCCUGGUAGCACAAGAUGCGUUGGACAUAUACCCUCACUUAGUGAACAUGUUUGGCAAGGAUCUAGACUGCUGCAAAGACCUCUACUGCAGGCAUAUUAAGACUGCAAAUGAACUGGUCAGUAAGAAUAUGCCAGAAGUUGCUGGAAGGCUGAGAUGGGCCCAGGAGUUGCAGCUGCGAAUCCAGACAUCUUUCUCCAAAUUCAGACACCUCUCCUACCCGUGCCUCGAGUCUGCACAAGGAGUCCGGGUCAUUCAGAAGUAUGAGGAGAUGAUGCAACUUCUUGACAGCUUCUGUACCAGUUUGCAUGCCACAUGGACAAGGACUGUGGAUGACAAUUGUCAUAUCAACCUCAGUCUGCCACUGAUCUGCAGAGACAUAUCCUCGCAGCUGAUAUCAGUGAACUUCAACUCACAGCUUGCAACAGUGCUGAGGGAAGUCAAGUACAUGGAAGCUGCACGCACUGAAGCUAUCCCUGAAUCUGCAAUGCAGGUUUAUAACACCAGGUGGCAACUGUGGCAGUAUGUGGGCAGCCUGGAGCUCGCUGCAGGCCAAUACAACAAGGUGAUUCAGUCUGUGCUCGACAUAGAGAAUCCCCUAAUUCAGAGCCAGCUCAGGGAUAUUGACAACCAGCUAAAAAAGGCAGAAGAGGGUCUGAGCUGGAACUGCCAAGGCAUUUGGCAGUAUAUUCAAGAGUUGCGCUAUUCUGUGUGUGACCUGGAGAGCCGACUCCAAACGACCAAAGACAAUGUGGAGGAGAUCCAGACCUGUAUCAAGUCCUGGGCAAGUCCCAUAUUUGACAGGAAGGAUGGUAAAAAAGAUACUUUGCUCAGUCUGGAGGAUCGCGCUGAAAGGCUAGACUGGUUUUAUAGUAUGAUACGAUUAUGUGGAGAGAAGAUCCACUUCCUCAUUAAGAGGAAUCUUGAGCUUUUUAGGACAGAUCCAUCCUCAGAUGAAUGGAAAGCCUAUGUGGAGUACAUGGACGACAUGGUCAUCAACGGAUUCUAUAAUUGCAUUGAGUGCUCACUCAAGUUCUUCCUGGAUAAUACUGACGAAAAAAACGUUCCCGUGCCUCUUUUUGAGGCCAAACUGGAUCUGAAAGUUCCUGACAUGGUGUUUAUUCCCUCUCUGGAGUUUGGAGAAAGAGACAGUUUGUUUGAGCUGGUGGAGAGUCUCAUCCAUUCUGUGUUCAAGGUGUCUUCACUGGUGCCACGCCUCGCUCAGCACUGUCCCUACCCUCACUACCAGGCGGACAUGGAAGACAUGGCUGACUUGGCAGACAUGCGUCACCUCCUCAUGGAUCGCGUCCAGAGCGUCAUGGCGACUUGCUGUGUGUUCCACAACUCUUUAGAGCGGUACAGCUACCUGUAUGUAGAUGACAGGAACGAGGUCCUGCGUUACUUCCUCCGAUAUGGCCACAUUUUGACCAGCCAUGAGAUGGAGGUUCAAGCUGACGUUGGUAUCCUAGAAAGACCACCAACACUCCAUGACUUUAAACAGCAGGUGGACAGGUAUGAGAAGAUCUAUGAAGAAUUGCAGAGUCUGGAGCCAGUGAAUGUCUUUCAUUGCUGGAUGCGGGUAGAUGGGCGUGGCAUGAAGGUAGCCUUGCGCAACAUCGUCAAGAAAUGGAGCUUCAUGUUCAAACAGCACCUCAUUGACCAUGUAAUUAACAGUCUGUCAGAUCUUGAGAAUUUCAUCAUCAUGACUGAGACUGGUCUGAGCCAGCAAGUGGACAAAGGGGACUACAACACACUGGUGGGAGUGAUCGGACACCUCCUGGCAGUCAAGGAGAGACAGCACAGUGCAGACAUGAUGUUUGAACCACUGCAGCAAACUAUUGCUUUGCUAAAGGACUAUGAACAGGAAGUCCCUAAUGUUGUACACAAACAGUUGGAAGAAUUGCCGGAAAAGUGGACCAACGUGAAAAAGAAUGCUAUGCUUGUCAAACAGCAGGUGGCCCCGCUGCAAGCCAUUGAAGUGGCAAAUUUACGUAGAAAGUGUGCUUCAUUUGAGGUGACGCAACACACCUUCAAGGAGCAUUUUCGCAACAAUGCGCCUUUCAGAUUUGACAGCAAGAAUCCACACCAGAUGUUGGAUUCAUUCCAUGGUCAGAUCCAAGAACAGGAGUCAGUGAUGACCUCCCUGGUGGAGUCUGCUGUCUUGUUUGAAGUCACAGUCUCUGAGUACAAACAGCUCCAACAAUGCAGGCGUGAGAUAGGUCUGCUAAAGGCCCUGUGGGACAUGAUCACUGUGGUGGAAUCCUGCAUGGCGGCAUGGAAAAUGACCCCCUGGAGAGAAAUUAAUGUGGAGGACAUGGAGCUUCAGUGCAAAUGCUUCUCCAAAGAUAUUCGGGGACUGGAUAAGGAGGUUCGAGGGUGGGAAGUCUUCACAGGUUUGGACAGCAGGGUGAAGAACCUCCUCAUUUCCCUGCGGGUCGUGGCAGAGCUCCAGAACCCAGCAAUACGACCGAGACACUGGCAUCAGCUAAUGGCUGCUACUGGAGUCCGUUUCACCAUGGAUCAGGAAACAACUCUGGCUGUCCUGCUUGAACUGAACCUGCAUUGUUUUGAAGAGGAGGUGCGAGGGAUCGUAGACAAAGCUGUCAAAGAGAUGGGAAUGGAGAAAGUUCUCUCAGAGCUCAACUCCACAUGGACAGGUAUGCAAUUCCAGUACGAGCCUCACCUUGGCACUCAAGUUCCCCUGCUACGCUCAGACGAUGAGCUCAUCGAGAUUCUGGAAGACAACCAAGUGCAGUUACAGAACCUCAUGUCUUCUAAGCACAUCCCCCACUUCCUGGAUGAAGUGGCAACUUGGCAGCGCAAGCUGUCUGUGGCCGAUUCAGUCAUCUCCAUUUGGUUUGAGGUGCAACGGACUUGGAUCCACCUGGAGAGCAUCUUCAUUGGCUCAGAGGACAUACGCUCACAACUGCCUGAGGACUCCAAGCGCUUCGAAGGUAUUGAUGCCGAUUUCAAAGAGCUGGCUAACGCUAUGCAUCAAACGCCCAACGUAGUGGAGGCCACCAGUAGACCUGGUCUGUUCAACAAACUUGAGGACAUACAGUUCAGGCUCUCCUUGUGCGAAAAAGCCCUAGCAGAGUAUCUGGAUACCAAGCGACUGGCCUUCCCUCGAUUUUACUUCAUCUCUUCAGCCGAUCUCUUAGAUAUCCUGUCUAAUGGGACCAACCCACACCAGGUUCAAAAGCAUCUGUCUAAGCUGUUCGACAACAUAAGUCAACUGCGGUUGGAAGCAGUUGGGCAGGGGAAUCCUCCUCAGAUUGGUGUGGGCAUGUACAGCAAAGAACAAGAGUAUGUCACCUUUAAUCAGCCCUGCGAUUGUUCUGGACAGGUGGAGGUUUGGUUGAACCGGGUAUUAGACACCAUGCGCUCCACUGUUCGUCAUGAGAUGACAGAGGCAGUUACCACCUAUGAGGAAAAACCCAGAGAACAGUGGUUGUUCGAUUAUCCAGCUCAGGUGGCUUUGACCUGCACUCAGAUCUGGUGGACAUCAGAUGUGGGCAUGGCUUUUGCCCGUCUAGAGGAAGGCUAUGACGGCGCACUAAAGGAGUGUUAUAAGAAGCAGGUGUCUCAUCUCAACACCCUUAUUUCAAUGCUAAUUGGCCAGCUUUCACCUGGAGAUCGGCAGAAGGUUAUGACCAUCUGCACUAUCGAUGUCCACGCCAGAGACGUGGUUGCCAAGAUGAUUGCUCAGAAGGUGGAGAAUUCACAGGCAUUCGUGUGGCUUUCCCAGCUGAGGCACCAUUGGAAUGAAAAUGAAAAGCACUGUUUUGCAAAAAUCUGCGAUGCAAAGUUCCUCUACUCCUAUGAGUACCUGGGUAACACGCCUAGAUUGGUCAUCACGCCUCUAACAGACAGGUGUUACAUCACCCUGACUCAGUCCCUCCACCUGACUAUGAGCGGCGCUCCGGCCGGCCCUGCAGGAACAGGGAAAACUGAGACAACCAAAGACCUGGGGCGAGCACUUGGAAUCAUGGUCUACGUGUUUAACUGCUCUGAGCAAAUGGACUACAAGUCCUGUGGAAACAUCUAUAAAGGUCUGGCUCAGACAGGCACGUGGGGCUGUUUUGAUGAAUUUAACAGGAUCUCAGUGGAGGUGCUGUCUGUGGUAGCAGUGCAGGUUAAAAGUAUUCAGGAUGCCAUCCGGGAUAAGAAACAGAGGUUUAUUUUAAUGGGCGAAGAGGUAAACCUUUGCCCCACUGUCGGCAUCUUCAUCACGAUGAAUCCAGGCUACGCUGGUCGGGCAGAGCUUCCUGAGAACCUGAAGGCACUGUUCAGACCGUGUGCCAUGGUGGUCCCAGACUUUGAGCUGAUUUGUGAAAUCAUGUUGGUGGCCGAGGGCUUCCUAUGUGCCCGGGUCCUUGCCAGGAAGUUUAUCACACUCUACACACUUUGCAAAGAGCUACUUUCAAAACAGGACCACUAUGAUUGGGGCCUUCGAGCCAUCAAAUCCGUGCUAGUCGUCGCUGGCUCUCUAAAGAGAAGUGAUCCCGGCCGAGCUGAGGAUCAAGUACUUAUGAGAGCACUGAGAGACUUCAACAUCCCUAAAAUUGUGACCGACGACAUGCCUGUGUUCAUGGGGCUGAUAGGGGACCUGUUUCCUGCCCUGGAUGUACCAAGGAAAAGAGACCUGGACUUUGAGAAGCAUGUCCAUGAAUCUGUUCUCGACUUGAAGUUACAGGCUGAAGACAAUUUUGUGCUAAAGGUGGUGCAGUUGGAAGAACUUUUGGCUGUGCGGCACUCCGUGUUUGUGAUUGGGAAUGCCGGCACUGGGAAGAGCCAGGUGCUGAGGUCCCUCCAUAGAAACUACCAGAAUAUGAAAUGUCGACCCGUGUGGGUGGACCUUAACCCAAAAGCUGUGACAAAUGAUGAGCUUUUUGGCAUCAUCAACCCAGCAACUAGAGAAUGGAAAGAUGGUCUAUUUUCUUGUAUAAUGCGUGAAUUGGUCAACAUUAGUCAUAGUGGUCCAAAGUGGAUAGUUUUGGAUGGAGACAUUGACCCAAUGUGGAUUGAGUCACUUAACACCGUCAUGGAUGACAACAAGGUUCUGACACUGGCCAGUAAUGAGCGGAUACCGCUAAACUCCACUAUGAGACUGCUCUUUGAGAUCAGCCAUCUGCGUACAGCUACUCCUGCAACUGUGUCUAGAGCAGGAAUCCUCUACAUAAACCCAACAGACCUUGGUUGGAACCCAUUGGUGUCCAGCUGGAUUGACAAAAGGGAGGUGCAAUCAGAGAAGGCUAACCUCACCAUUCUGUUUGACAAAUACCUUCCAACAUGUCUGGAUGCUCUGCGAUUAAGGUUUAAAAAGAUUAUCCCCAUUCCUGAGCAGAGUAUGGUCCAGAUGCUUUGCUACUUGCUGGAGUGUUUGCUUACUGAAGAAAAUACCCCACCAGACUGUGCCAAGGAACUUUAUGAGCUGUAUUUUGUUUUUGCUGCCAUCUGGGCCUUUGGGGGAGCCUUGUUCCAAGAACAGCUAGUCGACCACAGAGUGGAAUUCAGCAAGUGGUGGGUGGCCGAGUUCAAAACCAUCAAGUUCCCAUCUCAGGGCACAGUCUUCGAUUACUUCAUCGACCCAGAGAGCAAAAAGUUUGAACCCUGGACAAAAAUGGUGCCCAAGUUUCAGAUGGAUGCAGAUACGCCACUGCAGGCGUGCCUGGUUCACACGGUGGAGACGAUCCGAGUCCGUUACCUCAUGGACUGUCUGCUGGAACACCGUCGACCCGUCAUGCUGGUUGGGAAUGCUGGGACCGGAAAGUCUGUCUUAGUUGGAGACAAACUUUCAUCAUUAGACCCUGACAAGUACAUGGUUAAAAAUGUUCCCUUCAACUAUUACACCACAUCUGCAAUGCUGCAAGCUGUGUUGGAAGGGCCCCUUGAGAAAAAGGCUGGACGCAAAUAUGGACCUCCCGGCAACAGAAGAUUGGUUUACUUCAUAGAUGACUUGAAUAUGCCUGAGGUGGACGCAUAUGGCACAGUCCAACCUCACACACUUAUACGCCAACACAUGGACUAUAACCACUGGUAUGACCGUAAUAAGCUCCUUUUGAAGGAAAUACAAAGGGUUCAGUAUGUGUCCUGUAUGAACCCAACAGCCGGAAGCUUCACCAUCAAUCCAAGGCUGCAGCGCCACUUCUCGGUCAUUGCCCUUUCUUUCCCUGGAGCUGAAGCCCUUACCACAAUCUACACUUCAAUCCUGUGGCAACACCUGCAAAAGGAUGGGUUUUCCUCCGCUGUACGGAAGAAUAGCUCAGCCGUGGUCCAGUUAGCCCUGGCUCUGCAUUCGUGUGUGGCCUCAACCUUCCUCCCCACUGCAGUCAAAUUCCACUACGUCUUCAACCUGCGAGACCUUUCCAACAUCUUCCAGGGCAUUCUCUUCAGUACAUGGGAGUGCCUGAAAACCCCUGUGGACCUGCUGAAAAUCUACAUGCACGAGUCGAACCGCGUCUACAGAGACAAGCUUGUUGAAGAGAAGGACUUCCUCGUCUUUGAUAAGCUGCAGGCAGACAUGCUUAAAAAGUUCUUUGAGGACAUGGAGGAGACUCUAGAACAGACCCGGGUGAUGAACCUGUACUGCCACUUUGCCCACGGCCUGGGGGAGGCCAGGUACAUGGCUGUGGAGUCCUGGAGCAGCCUCAAUAAAACACUGCUGGAGGUACUGGACAGCUACAAUGAGGUCAACGCCACGCUCAAUCUGGUGCUGUUUGAGGACGCUAUGGCUUACAUCUGCCGUAUAAAUCGAAUCCUGGAGUCUCCGCGGGGUAACGCACUGCUGGUUGGAGUAGGCGGCAGUGGCAAGCAGAGUCUGACCCGACUGGCUGCCUUCAUCUCCAAUCUAGAGGUUUUCCAGAUCACUUUAAGGAAAGGAUACAGCAUCACUGACCUCAAAAGUGACCUGGCUUCGCUCUACAUCAAAGCUGGCGUGAAAAAUAUUGGCACUGUGUUCCUAAUGACUGAUGCCCAAGUGGCAGAUGAGAGGUUCCUCGUUCUGGUCAACGAUCUGUUGGCAUCGGGGGAAAUUCCGGACCUAUUCCCAGACGAUGAGGUGGAGAACAUCAUUGGCAGCAUGAGGCCAGAGGUGCGCAGCUCAGGAUUGAUGGAUACAAGAGAAAACUGCUGGAAGUUCUUCAUCGAUCGCAUUCGAAGACAGCUCAAGGUUGCUCUGUGUUUCUCUCCGGUUGGUAGUAAGCUGAGGCUCCGUAGCAGGAAGUUUCCCGCUGUGGUGAACUUUACAGCUAUCGUCUGGUUCCAUGAAUGGCCGCAGGAGGCGUUGGAGUCAGUCAGCCUCAAUUUUCUGCAGGACGUGGAUAAUAUCGACCCGGAAGUGAAGGAGUCUGUCAGUAAAUUUAUGGCACACGUCCACAUGAGUGUCAACCAGACAUCAAAGGAGUGCCUAGCCGUGGAGCGGCGCUACAACUACACCACGCCAAAGUCUUUCCUGGAACAGAUAAAACUGUACCGCAGUCUGCUGGGACAGAGGUGUAAAGACCUUAGCAACAAGAUCGAACGGCUGGAGAAUGGCUUGCAGAAACUCAGCUGCACUGCUGCUCAGGUUGACGACCUCAAGGCCAAGUUAGCGGCCCAAGAAGUGGAACUCAAGCAGAAGAAUGAAGAUGCCGACAAUCUGAUCAAGGUGGUUGGAAUAGAAACUGAGAAGGUGUCCAAGGAAAAAGCAGUGGCUGAUGAGGAAGAAGAAAAAGUGGCAGCUAUUGCUGUUGUGGUCAGUGGCAAGCAAAAAGACUGUGAAGAGGAUCUGGCUAAGGCUGAACCGGCUCUGACUGCAGCACAGGAUGCACUUAACACUCUCAAUAAAAACAACCUAACGGAGUUGAAGUCAUUCGGCUCUCCGGUGGCAGCGGUCACCAACGUCACGGCGGCCGUCAUGGUAUUAAUGGCGCCUGGCGGCAAAGUCCCAAAGGAUCGCAGCUGGAAGGCUGGAAAGGUUAUGAUGGCAAAAGUGGACGCGUUUCUUGAUUCCCUCAUACAUUUCAAAAAGGAGAAUAUUCCAGAAGCAUGUUUGAAAGCUGUCCAGCCUUACUUGCAGGAUCCAGAGUUCCAACCAGAACUGAUUGCAGCAAAGUCAUACGCAGCAGCAGGGCUUUGCUCCUGGGUUUUGAACAUAGUUAAGUUCUACAGAGUUUAUUGCGAGGUGGAGCCCAAACGUCAGGCUCUGAGUAAGGCCAACGCGGAACUGGCUGCUGCUCAGGGGAAACUCGCCACCAUCAAAACCAAGAUCAAUCACCUUAAUGAGAACCUGGCCAAGCUCACAGCAAAGUUUGAAAAAGCUACUGCAGACAAGCUUAAGUGCCAACAGGAAGCAGAAUCGACCACACACACCAUUUCCCUGGCCAACCGCCUGGUGGGGGGCCUCGCAUCAGAGAAUGUUCGCUGGGCAGAGGCCAUCAAGAAUUUCAGGGAACAAGAGAGGACUCUGUGUGGAGACGUCCUGCUUAUAACUGCUUUUAUCUCCUACCUUGGCUACUUCACCAAACCCUACAGGUUACGACUGAUGGACGAAACCUGGAGGCCUUAUCUUAGUCAGCUGACGGUUCCUAUCCCGAUAACCCCCAAGUUGGAUCCUAUCACCAUGCUCACGGAUGAUGCCGACAUUGCUAUGUGGCAGAACGAGGGGUUACCUGCAGACAGGAUGUCCACUGAGAAUGCCACCAUUCUCGUUUCUUGCCAGCGCUGGCCUCUCAUGGUAGACCCUCAGCUGCAGGGCAUUAAGUGGAUCAAAAACAAAUAUAGUGAACAUCUGCAUGUCAUUCGCAUUGGACAGAGGGGGUACCUGGACACCAUAGAGAGAGCACUUGUACAAGGCGAUGUGGUUCUGCUAGAGAACUUGGAUGAAAACCUGGAUCCUGUUCUUGGACCUCUUCUAGGCAGAGAAACCAUCAAAAAGGGGAGAUACAUAAAGAUUGGUGACAAGGAGUGUGAGUACAACCACACGUUCCGCCUCAUUCUGCACACCAAGCUUGCAAGUCCUCAUUACCAGCCGGAGCUGCAGGCCCAGUGCACUUUGAUAGACUUCACUGUGACAAGAGACGGGCUGGAGGACCAGCUGUUGGCCGUUGUGGUCAGCAUGGAGAGACCUGACCUGGAGGAGCUGAAGUCCAACCUCACAAAGCAGCAAAAUGGUUUCAAGAUCACUCUGAAGAUGCUGGAGGACAACCUGCUCUCUCACUUGUCUUCAGCUUCAGGAAACUUCCUGGGUGACACAGAGCUAGUGCAAAACCUGGAGACAACCAAACGCACAGCUGCUGAUAUUGAAGAAAAGGUAAAAGAAGCGAAGGUGACAGAAGCCAAAAUCAACGAGGCUCGGGAGCACUACAGACCAGUAGCAGUCCGGGCUUCGUUAUUGUACUUCAUAAUGAACGACCUCAAUAAAAUACACCCCAUGUACCAGUUCUCUCUCAAGGCUUUCAGUGUCGUUUUCCAGAAGGCAGUUCUGAAGGCUGAAGCCGACGAGGAUCUGAAGCAGCGGGUGUCCAAUUUAAUUGAAAAUAUCACGUCUUCAGUUUUCCAGUACACAACCAGAGGCUUGUUUGAGUGUGACAAGAUCACAUACAUUGCUCAGCUUGCUUUCCAGAUUUUAUUGAUGAAUAGAGAGAUAAAUCCUGCUGAGCUGGAUUUUCUUCUGAGAUACCCUGUCCUGCCUGGUGUAACAUCACCAGUGGAUUUCCUGUCCAGUCACUCCUGGGGAGGGAUCAAGUCCUUGUGCUCCAUGGAUGAGUUCAAGAACCUGGACCGAGACAUUGAGGGCUCGGCCAAACGCUGGAAGAAAUUUGUGGAGUCUGAGUGUCCGGAAAAAGAAAAAUUCCCGCAGGAGUGGAAGAACAAAACCCCUCUUCAGAAGCUGUGCAUAAUGAGGGCCCUGCGACCCGACCGCAUGACAUAUGCUGUGAGAGACUUUGCGGAGGAGAAACUGGGGGCCAAGUACGUGAUUGGCAGAUCUCUGGACUUUGCUGCGUCCUUUGAAGAGUCAGGUCCAGCAACGCCCAUGUUCUUCAUCCUCUCUCCUGGAGUCGAUCCUUUGAAGGAUGUAGAGAAACACGGAAAGAAGCUUGGUUUUACAUUUAACAAUAACAACUUCCACAACGUGUCACUGGGCCAAGGUCAGGAGGUUGUAGCUGAACAAGCCCUUGAAUUGGCGGUUAAGAGUGGCCAUUGGGUCAUAUUGCAGAAUAUCCAUCUGGUUGCACGCUGGCUAAGCAAACUGGAAAAACUUCUCGAAAAGCGAGCAGAGGGAAGCCAUGAGAACUUCCGGGUGUUUGUCAGCGCCGAGCCUUCAUCCACUCCUGAGGGUCACAUCAUCCCACAGGGAAUCUUAGAGAAUUCUAUCAAGAUAACCAGCGAGCCACCAACAGGCAUGCAUGCCAACCUGCACAAGGCCCUGGACAACUUCAACCAGGACACACUGGAAAUGUGUGCUCGGGAGAAUGAGUUUAAGAGUAUUCUUUUCGCUCUGUGCUACUUCCAUGCUGUGGUAGCAGAGAGGAGGAAGUUUGGUCCUCAAGGCUGGAACCGAUCGUACCCUUUUAACACCGGAGACCUCACAAUAUCUGUUAGUGUCCUCUACAACUACCUGGAGGCGACUCCCAAGGUUCCCUAUGAUGAUUUGCGUUACCUCUUUGGAGAGAUCAUGUAUGGAGGUCACAUCACAGACGACUGGGACCGCCGUCUGUGUUCAACCUACCUGGAGGAGUUCAUCAAGCCUGAGAUGUUGGAAGGGGAGCUAUUACUUGCACCUGGCUUCCCUUUGCCCGGAAACAUGGACUAUAAUGGCUAUCACCAGUAUAUUGAUGACACCUUACCUGCAGAAUCGCCCUAUCUGUAUAGCCUUCAUCCCAAUGCUGAGAUUGGCUUCCUCACGCAAACUUCUGAGAAGCUUUUCCACACAGUGUUGGAGUUGCAGCCCAGGGAUGGAGGAGGCGGUGAGGGAGGAGGGAUGACUCGAGAGGAGAAGGUGCGUUCAGAGCUGGAAGAGAUUAUGGAGAAACUCCCUGAGGAGUUCAACAUGGCAGAGUUGCUGGGUAAAGCUGAGGAGAGGACUCCAUAUCAGGUGGUGAUGCUCCAAGAAUGUGAACGCAUGAAUAUCCUCACCCAAGAAAUUAGACGUUCCCUCAAUGAGCUCAGCUUAGGUCUAAAGGGAGAACUAACCAUGACCAAUGAUAUGGAAAACCUUCAGAAUGCUAUAUUUCUGGUGAUGGUGCCAGAUACUUGGACCAAGCGUGCUUACCCUUCCAUGUCUGGACUGGUUUUGUGGUUCACUGACCUGCUGGCCAGAAUCAAAGAGCUGGAUGUUUGGUCAACUGACUUUGUCUUGCCCUCCGCGGUUUGGCUGGCUGGCUUCUUCAACCCCCAAUCUUUCCUCACUGCAAUCAUGCAGGCCAUGGCUCGCAGAAAUGAGUGGCCUUUGGAUAGCAUGAGUCUACAGUGUGAUGUCACCAAGAAAUAUCGUGAAGACCUAACGUCACCACCUCGCGAAGGGGCUUAUGUUCAUGGGCUUUACAUGGAGGGUGCUCGCUGGGACACACAGACUGGCUUGAUUGUGGACGCACGCCUGCAAGAGCUCACCCCCACCAUGCCAGUCAUCUUCAUCCGAGCCAUGCCUGUGGACAAACAGGAUAUCAGAAACGUGUACCGAUGUCCUGUUUACAAGACUCGCCAAAGGGGGCCCACGCACGUCUGGACUUUCAACCUGAAGACCAAAGAAAAACCCUCGAAGUGGACUCUAGCUGGAGUGGCUUUGCUACUGCAAAUCUAGGAUUCCAGUUGCUUUUAUUAUUGUGCAUUUGUCCUGGCUUAAGACCAGACCUGGACAUCUCCAAUGAAUGUUGGCACCCUGACGUCUGCAAAAUAGGCAGCGGUGCGUACAAUUACACCACUAGAGCCUCAUCGCCCACACUGAGAUGCCAAAUAUAAAACCCGGGCCAAAUUAUUUUGGGAAGAAAUGUUUUUUACCCCCCAUAUUGGGACGAUGCAGUUUUUUAUUUUAUAAUAUGGGUUUCAGUUUUGUUGUUCUUUUCCAUAACACAACAAAUGAUUUUGAUAUGGCUCACACUAUUCCAAAUAUUUCUUAUAAAAACGGUCUCUCCAUAUGCCAGUCCUAUUUCUUCAAAUAAUUAAAACGUUGUGUGACUUAAAAUCUGUUUUUUUAACUGCCUUAAUGGAAACACAAGAUUAGAGCUUUGCCCAAGUGCAUUUAAGUCGGUUGUUUUAAUUGGCCCACAAUGAAAGAAUAUUUGAGACACAAAU